CUCCUAGCCCGCCUCGCAGCCCUGCCGGACAAGCUCUGCCGCCUGCAGGCCUGCUCGGGCCUGGUAAGCCUCCUCGCGGACGGCGGCCUCUGGCAGCAGCUGCAGCAGCUGCUGGAUGCCUGCUUCCUGGCCUUCGAUACAGCAGCAGCUUGCGGGAUAGCGCCGCAGUCGGUUGUCGUACAGGUACCCGGUGGCGGUGCUGGUACGGCGGCUGCCGUACGACAGCAGGACAGGCUGCCGCUGUCGGUCUCCUGUACCCUCGUGACGGCUGCCGUACAGAGGCUGUGUACGGCAGCCGCGUCCCAGCAGGCGGCUGCGUCAGGCGGGGACGCCUCAACCGCCAGCCAGCUGCUGCGGCAGGUGUUGUCACGGCUGCGGGGCGUCCUGCGCCCGCUGCUGACCAGCCCCACGGCGGGUGUACGGCAGGCAGCUCUGAAGGCGCUGGUGCCGGCCGUCCUGGCAUGCGCGCAGACAUGCG